AUGAAUCCUGAUACAGCUCGUCAAUUAUUUGAAUCCGGUGGUAUACUUCUUGUUCUUGAUGCUCCUAAGGAGAUGGAAUUUGGUAUUGAUAUGUAUUCUUGGCAAAUUGGUUCUCAAUUUCAUGGAAUAAAAAUGAUUCCACCUGGUAUACAUUAUUGUUAUUAUAGUGAACGUGAUUUAUUAACAAAAGAACUAUCUAAUCGACAAAGUUUUUUUAUUGAAAUUAAACAACCCAACCAAAUGUUAGUUCUUAUUCGUUGGUCACCAACAGAAAAUCUCUUUCAACGUGAACAAUUAACAUCGGAAGAAUAUGAAACACGUCGUAAUCAACGUUAUGAAUUUGAUCGUUUACUUGGACAAUAUCCAUUAGAUACAUAUCGUCAAUGGUUAUCAUUAUCAAAUCAUUUAAAUUAUGAUUUUAUUCAAACAAUUCUUUCACCUAAUGGUCAUAUUUGUUCAGCAAAUAUUUAUGAUAUAAAUGAAGAUAAGAAAACAACAGAAGAAUAUUCAAUACCAAAAAAUUUAACUGAAGCAGAAUCUCGUUUACCAAAAAUGAUACCUAAUCCUCAAUAUGCAUUACGUUUUACUAAAAUUGAAAAUAAAAAUAAAAUUAAAAGUUUACAUUCCGGUUCAGAUUUAACUCAAUCAAAACUUGAUCGUACAGAUGAUUUAGAAAAAAUUCUUAGUGAACGUUUUAAUUCAAAUAUAUAUGGAAUUUUAUGUGAAUUACAACUAAGUUUUAUUGUAUUUUUUCUUGGACAUUUAUAUGAUGGUUUUGAACAAUGGAAAAGUUUAUUUCAUUUAAUUUGUUCAUGUCAAAAAGCAUUUUGUCGUUGGCCGACAGUUUAUGUUGAUUUUUUACAAACAAUUUAUUUUCAAUUAAAAUAUUUUUCAACUGAUUUAACAACUGGUGAACAUUUAUUUGUUGAUAUUGAUCAACAAGAAAAUUCCAUAUAUAAAUCAUUAGAAAAUUUAUUUGCUAAUAUAUCAGCAUUUAAUGAUAAUCAACAAAUGGAAGGAAGUGAUAAUGAAAAAUUAAUUCAACGUGCAGAAAAAAUGAAACAAUUUUUAAAUGAAACAUAUAAAUGGACAUUUGAUGAUGAACCAGAAGAUGAAAAACCAAUUGUUGUUGAACUUGAAUAA